AUGACGACCUUACUCACCCUCUCGGGAAGUACGGCGUACCACCUCCCCGCGCCCGGCGUUCCCCCCGUCCCCCUGGCCAAGGGCGACCUCACCCUCUCCCUCCUGCCCGCCGACCCGCCCCGCCGCGCGCACGACCAGUUGGCCCUCUCUGUCGGCCAGACCAGCUUCCUCCUCGCUGCCAACAGCCCUGUUCGCAAGACGAAGAGCAAUGCCCAGCACGCUUCUUUCAUCUUUACCCCGGCGCCACCCGCUGAGGGGCAAGGCAUUGGGACAGUUCGCAUCGACAUGAAGGACAGCACCGACCCCGACGAUUGGGAGGACACGGAGCGCAAGUGCGCCGCUCUCGAGGCUGAGCUCCGCGCGCGCAAUCUGUGGGAAGACACGGAGCUGUUCGUCGACGACGAGAACGAAACCGGAGGACCGCAAGUGGGACCGAAGAAGGGAUGGGGUGAGAGCAUCGCCGGAGCGAUCAUGGGCGGCGCUUCGUCGCUCGUGUCCAAGCUCACCGGCCGCUCGAACUCCCAGGAGACAUUACCGACGACACGCGGAGCUUACGACGGUGGCUACCCGCCAUCGCCGAGCCUCGGCACGCCCGAGGAGGGCAAGCCGCAGCAUUUCAAGGCUCUUGCGGAACACUCGUGGGCUCAGGCGACGAUCGCGGCGCGCGGUAUCGGUGAGGCGGCUGCUGCUGUCGGUGGCGCCGUCGGCCAGAGCGCUAAGAACGCCUACGACGGCAUCAAGGACGGUGUCUCGGAGCGUGACGACAUCCCCGAGCUCCCUGCCAAGGACGCCCCGAAGCCGCCUGCCAAGGAUGCGCCGAAACCUCCUGCUAAGGACGAGGUCGAUGCGCUCGAUGAUGGCCCCGUCAAGUCUGCUCCUGUCGUCUCCGGCCGCGUCAAGAACGUCAAGCUGAACGAGGUCACUCCGAUCACGCCCAGCGAGCCUGACCAUCCCGUCGAGAACAUCAUUCCCGAGCCGGCCAAGAUCGAGGAGAAGCUCAAGGACGAGACGAACAAGGUUGUGGAGAACCCUGAGGACGAGCCGGAGCACCCCGUCGACAUAAUUAUCCCCGAGCCGACGAAGAAGGAGGAGCCUAAGUCGGAGGCGGCCAAGAAGGAGGCCGAGAAGCCUGUCGAGGAGGCUGUCAAGGACCUGAAGAUCAACGACGACGAUGUCGCCGAGUCUGCCAAGAUCGAGAUGGAGGAGGCCCGCGAGGAGGCUGCCGCGAUUGUCGCCGCGUCCGAUGCCGAGGUCAAGGCCGAGAAGGAGGAGGCGAAGGAGGAGGCUGAGGCUGAGGCCAAGGAAGAUGCUGAGACCAAGGACGCUAAGGAGGACGACAAGCCGAAGACUGGCGGCAACGGCGGCGGCGGCGGCGGCGGCAAGAAGAAGAACAAGAAGAACAAGAAGAAGAACUAG